AGAUGUCGUCUUCAUUGGUACUGGUGGACGUCUGUUUCAGCAUGCUACUGUCUGUCCUCAUCGUCAUAGCCAACAUCUUCAUCAUUGUCGUCCUCAUACGUAGCACUUCCUUACAUUCGCCAACAAACGUCAUCCUUUGCGUCAUGGCCUUCGGUGACCUUGGAUUUGGAUUUAAUCUUUCCGGAAUAUCACUUAUUGAGACUGGCAUUUUCCAAAGCUACUGGGGGUGUCUUUUCGUCUAUUCCGUGGCUAUAAUGUCGGGAUCAGUGUCAAUGCAUAUGCUCAUCUUCGUCAGCAUCGACCGCUACAUCCAAAUCACACGUCCUCUUCAUUACUACAACAUCGUCACCUACAAGCGAGUUGGUAUAGGCAUAGCGAUAGACCUCACAUUCUGUUCUGUAAUGGCUUUCAGCCCUGUUAUGGGGGUACGAAGGGACGACUUUGAUGGCAGUACGUGCAGCGCCGAGUUCAUCAUGGCACCAGUGUAUUUCAUCCUGACAGUCGGUUGCACCUUCAUGAUCUGCAUCUCCAUCUUGGUGUACGUUUACUACAAAAUAUACAGGGUAGCGUUCUCCCAUCGCCGACGUAUCGCAGUAGGACGGGAUGAAGCCACCAGUCAGCUAGCCGCCCACUUCAAGGCUGCAAAGCUUUUCGCACUUCUCUGUGGCUACUUCCUGAUGUCUUGGACGCCACAUUUCCUUGAUAUUAUUAGCUCGUACAUCAGAGGACGCCAACGGUUCAGUCACGAGUUCAGUCGUAUAGGGAUGACCCUAGCCGCAUCUAACUCCCUGGGAAAUCCAGUAAUCUACGCUCUUCGUCAGGCGGAGAUUAAGAGAAUCAUAAGGAAGAUGUUCCCGAAAAUAUUUAGCCGACAAGACCAGCAUCUCAAUGGGAAAGAAAACUUCACAAGACACCAGUCCAAUACCAAUGUGUCUACACUGGAAGUGGACGAAGAACUGUGAAACGUUACAUAGUUUUUUUAAUAUGAAAAUAAUGUUCGUUCGUGUAAUGUUUUCUUGAUUUAAAUGCACAAAAGGGAAGGAUGUGUUCGGUGGGGAUACUCUUCCCGUGACAAUACACAGCCUAGGAAGAGAAGAAAGCCUUGUGUUGGUAACGGCCAGACACUGAUAUCACGCAAUGUUAAAGGUAAUGUAAAACUGUGUUUAUGGAGUCGGCCUUUCACUAUGGAAGUGGAAGAAAAGGACACUGACUUAACAUGAUCUUUUCCCGGCUUGUGUCUUGGAGGGCGUGUGCGAAAAGGAUGAAGAAUGGACAGGGAUGACGGUAGAAUUACCGCAUGUGCUUUUCUAGUUGUUUUCACCGCUUUUUUGCCUUUUGCGCCCAAAGGAAUCUCUUUCGGCGGAUUUUCUCUGGCGUUGACCGUUUGUAUAUAUCAUAAUCAGAGAAGAUUUUGCAGGAAUGAUUGAAAGAAAUGGGGGAACAUGAUUGUCCUUUUACGUUUAUUCAUAUUCAUUCUUUAAGAGGAUAAGUGGAUAAGUUAGAUGCAAGACACGCUUAAUGUUGUGUAAACAUGAAUCUUUUCUUGCCCGAUUCUAUUAUGAACUGGCCUUCACAAUAUAGCUGGACUAUUGCUGACCAGAGGCGGACCAGGGAGUUUGAA